UCGAGCUGAGUGUCUCCCCGGCAGGCUGUUCCUGUCCUGUCCGAGCAAGCACCGGGACGGCAGAGCGAUGAGGUAGUCGGGGACUUUUCCACCGUUAUCUGUAAGAACGAAACCGUUUCGGUCUGUUGAGCUGCCACACGGGACAUGUUUUAAAAAGGGGACCCGGGUCUGGCUGCAUUCACAGAGCGGGAAAGGACUUGGUCGUGUUUUAAAAGAGACAGCCUCCCGGAGGAAAGUUAAAUCCCUGCCCUGGCCGGGGAUAGGUGAGACUGGUGCGUCGUUUCGUUCUCCUGGCUGUCCCGUUUGUUAACAACAAUAUAGGGUAGCCUGGCUUGGAUGACAUUUUCAGUAAAAUUGUAUUUUGUGUUGUUUCGCUGUCCUGCACUGAACUAUUUAACAACAUGUCUGCCGAGUGUGCCGCCGUGUAACCAGUUCAUCCAGCUCUGCGGGGAGUUUCGACAGCUAGGCUACUUGAUUGACUUCAGGUAAACCGUUGACGAGGUGUAUGCCCGCCCUCCCAAAACUCUCCAAAGCACGUACAGUUUCACAAUAAUGGCUGGUUUGAUCAAUGUCCACAUGAAAACCCUGGAGGACCUGACGCUGGACUCAGGCUACGGGGCGGGGGACUCCUGCAAAUCCCUCAGCCUGUCCUCCUCCAAGUCAAACUCCCAGGCCUUCAUGACGACCCCUCACCGGGGCAACUGGUGGUACUACUCCGGCUCCAUGAACAGCAGGAACAACAGCUGGGACACGGUCAACACGGUCCUCCCCGAGGACCCGGAGGACAUCUUCUCCAAGUGUCCCCGCUUACCUGAGUUGGAAGAGUUUCCCUGGACCGAAGAGGAGGUGGCCAAGAUUUUUCGCAAAGUGGCCGGGAGUGGGAGCAUCUCUCCGGAGGCCGUGAGGCGGCUGUCCGCUCUCCUCCGCCGGGCUCUCAUCCGCAUCUCCAGAGAGGCUCAGCGGCUCAGCGUCAUGCACUGCCGCUGCACACGCUUCGAGGUGCAGAGCGCCAUGAGGCUGGUGCUCAGCUGGUCCCUGGCCGACCACUGCGUCUCUGCUACGGUCAAGGCCAUCUCCAUGUACAGUAUGAGCGCCGGGGAGCUUCUGAGAAAGGGCAAGUCCGCACGCUGCGGCCUCUCCUUCUCCGUGGGACGCUUCUUCCGCUGGAUGGUGGAUACCCGCAUCUCCGUGCGCAUCCAUGAGUACGCAGCCAUAUGCCUGGCCGCAUGCAUGGAAGCUCUGGUGGAGGAGAUAGGAGCCAGGGUGCUGAUGGCCGAGAGGGGUCAUUCAGGGCCGGAUUCAGGGUCAGCAUGCGCCCCUGUGAGCACAGAGGCAUUGGAGGGGGUGGUGAACAAUGACGCGGAGCUAUGGGGAGUCCUGCAGCACUAUGAGCACCUGAUCUGCGGGAAGAACGCCAAUGGUGUUUUGUCUCUCCCGGCCCAUUUCAGUCCCUACACAGAGAGCCAGCAGACGUCGGUGGACAGCAGGGAGGAUGCCUAUGCCCAGCUGGAGCUGAGGACGCUGGAACAGUCCCUGCUGGCAACCUGUGUGGGCAGCAUUUCUGAACUCAGCGACUUGGUGUCCCGUGCAAUGCACCACAUGCAGCGCCUGACCUCCGUGCGCCCAGGGCUGAGCCCAGCCCGCCACGCCCGCCCCCAGCAGCCCGUGUCCUGGUCACCGGACGCCCUCCACACCCUUUACUACUUCCUGCGCUGCCCACAAAUGGAGUCCAUGGAGAAUCCCAACUUGGAUCCCCCACGCAUGGCACUCAGCAAGGAGAGGCCAUUCCUGUUGCUGCCACCUCUGAUGGAGUGGAUGAGAGUGGCCAUAGUUCAUGCUGAGCAUCGCAAGAGUCUAUUGGUGGACAGUGAUGACGUCAGACAGACUGCCAGGCUACUCCUUCCGGGACUGGAUUGUGAACCAAGACAGCUGAAGCCUGAAUGUUGCUUCAGCUCCUUCAAGCGUCUGGACUCCAAAGCCGCCACAGACAAGUUCCACCUGGACUUGGGGUUUCGGAUGCUCAACUGUGGACGCACAGAUCUCAUUGGCCAAGCAAUCCAUCUGCUGGGGCCAGAUGGGGUCAACAGCAUGGAUGACCAGGGGAUGACACCUCUGAUGUAUGCCUGCGCAGCUGGAGACGAGGCCUUAGUCCAGAUGUUGAUUGAUGCCGGGGCUAACCUGGACGUGGCGGUUCCACCAUGCUCCCAAAAGCACCCCUCUGUGCAUCCUGACAGUCGACACUGGGCAGCCCUCACCUUUGCUGUGCUGCAUGGACACAUCUCCGUAGUGCAGCUCCUGUUGGAUGCAGGGGCCAACGUGGAGGGGGCCGCAGUCCGCAAUGGACAGGAGAGUACAGCAGACACCCCAUUGCAGCUGGCUUCAGCAGCAGGCAACUACGAGAUGGUGAGUUUGCUCCUGGCACGCGGCGCGGACCCCUUAUCAAAGACCCGCGAUGGAAAUGCCCUCACGUCAUCCCUCUAUGAAGACAUGAACUGCUUCAGUCACGCUGCCGCACACGGACACAGGAAUGUGCUUCGAAAGCUACUGAGUCAGCCCCAGCAAGUCAAAGAGGAUGUCCUGUCCCUGGAGGAGAUCUUAGCUGAGGGGGUGGAGGGUGAGGAGGUCGGGAUCUGCCCUUUCCUCCCUCUCUCCCCACUCCCUGCCCCUUCCUCUGGCCAUGGGGCCCUGCCAGAGGUGGGCAUAGCAAGGCUCUGCAAGGCCAGGAUGAAGGCUCUGCAAGAGGCCAGCUACUACAGCGCUGAGCACGGCUACCUGGACGUCACCAUGGAGCUACGAGCUUUGGGUGUACCAUGGAAACUACAUGUGUGGCUGGAAUCUCUGCAUUGCGCCCAGCAGCAGUCCAGGGCCGGGGUCGCCCUCUCACUCCUCAGAGAGUUCACCACCAUCAAAGAAGAGGACUACUGCGAGGAGCUGGUCACCGUGGGCUUGCCCCUGAUGUUCACUAUCUUGCGUAGCACCAAGAAUGAUGCCAUUAUACAGCAGUUGGCAACUAUUCUCAGUCACUGUUUUGGCCCUGCACCUCUACCAGCCAUCCCCGGGAUGAAGGCAACUCUUUCAGCACAGCUGGACCCUCAUUUCCUGAAUAACCAGGAGAUGUCAGAUGUGACGUUUUUGGUGGAGGGGAAACCGUUCUACGGCCACAGAGUGCUGCUGAUCACAGCUUCUGAAAGAUUCAAGUCUCUGCUGGCGUGCUCGGGACCAGAUGGAAGCCCCAACAAUCACAUUGAGAUCAGUGACAUCAAGUACAACAUUUUCCAGAUGAUGAUGUCAUACCUGUACUGUGGAGGAUCAGAGUCGCUGAAAACAGCUGUUCCCGACCUGCUGGAGUUGUUGUCAGCUGCUAGUCUCUUCCAGCUGGGGGUGCUACAAAGACACUGUGAACGCAUCUGCUCUAAGCUCAUCAACCUGGAUAAUGCAGUCAGCAUCUACAAGACAGCCAAGGCCCACGGUUCAGUGGAGCUGAGCUCAUUCUGUGAAGGUUACUUCUUGCAGCAGAUGCCUGCUCUGCUGGAGAGAGAGGGCUUCAGGAGCCUGCUGCUGGGACCCGCCGCGGCCCGACAAGGGAACAACUCCACGUCUACGCUGGUCCACUGCCGGGGAGAACUGCCCCUGGAGGAGCUGGAGGCCACCUUGGCUCGACGGCUGCGCUCUCUCUGCGUCACCUCCCGAGUCUGAAGACAACGGGACAGCUGCUGAGGAGAGAAGACCAAAAUGCCAUCACUGAUACAGGACCAGAUCUUAAGACGCUGUUGAAAUGGUUUGAGUGCAGAUGUUUUGUCUUAGCAACAUCUGAUCCCAUCUCUGGAAACAAGCAACUCCCACAGUGCUUUGACACUCAUGAACACAGAUCAGUGAGUUAUUUGGCAGCGGUUACUUCACUCUGCAGACAAUGCACCGUUUCAUAUCUUGUGCCAAACACCCCGUCUUGGCAUUCAUUGCAGUGUACGGCAUGUUUAUUGAACAAUGGGAUGCUUUUUCUCCAUGGCUCGGGAAGCUUAAAUGGAGAAGCAACAGAUGAAUGCAACAGGUGGGAACUCUGAAUUAUGAAACACUACUGCCCUCUACUGGACAAAAUGGUAAAAUGAAUAAUUGCUUUGGAGGAGUGGGAUCAACGAGAACCUCCUGGUUCUGACUGAAGCUAUGUGAAGGGACAAUAGACUGAGUCAAGUGAGGCAGCCAUGCUGGACUUUUGGCUUUGUCCUGCUCUAAAUAAGAAUGCAGAGUUGGAGGACGUAGGUAGACUCAGUGCCUCCAGAUUUGAUGUAAGCUUUGGAUUUAAUAAUGUACUUUUUAAUGUAACUAUAUGUUUUUAUUUUUUUUUAAGUAUUACCGGAGAAACAAAACACUUACUGAAGAGUGGGAUGGACAUUUUCUAUUUAUAGAGAAAAAAAAAAAGAAGAUCUGAGAGUAUUUAACGGGGUGUUCCCUUUUUAUUUCGUUUUUAAUCGAAACAAAUUAAUAUUAUUGAUGAAAAAGUUGCUUUUGUGUAGCUGUUGUUUUUCCAGGUACACUUUAACAGUUAAUUAAGCUUAUGUACGCUGAGGUUUAAUGCUUCUAUACAGUUAGAGCAGCGGAGGCCAACAUUGGAUUUGGAAUAGAUAAAGUCUGUUUUAAUGCUGAAUAUUGUAAUAAACCUGGUCAACAAGC